GCAGGAUAAUCGCUAUAUUAUCCCAUGUCAGUUGGUAUCAGAGCCUAUCAGAUCCAAUGGAAGAUCGUUGUGGUCGCGGUAGGUAGUUUUCGAUGGAGGAAGCCAAGUACCGUGAAAGACGGUUGUGGAAUGUUGAUUUACAGAGGCAAGUUGCAGAUUAACCCAAUGUCUAGCUGAGGUGAUGUGAGAUCAUGAAGUUCGCGAGGUAUGUGGUCAAGAAGAUCGACAUGGAGAUAUGGGAAUUCGAGUUGAUCUACUCGAAUUUUCUGGUAUGUUACAGGCAUAUAAUGUUGUUGAUUGAAUCAAUAAGUGGAGCGAUUCUUCGACUAUAAGCAAGUUCUCGAUUGGAUGAAGGUGAAGCUGAUUGCCAUCAUACUCAAGGGUCGAGCAUUGGCGUAGUGGGAGCAGUUGCGGUGCUCACGAGACAGACAUGGCAAAACGAAGAUCAAGGGUUGAGAGAAGAUAAAUAAAAAGAUGAAAGAUCACUUUCUUCCUUUUGGGUACCCUCAAACUUUGUUCCAAGGACGAUUAGGUUUUGCCAUGAAGGACGAUAGCUUCAAUGCCUGAGUUGAUCUUGACCGAUUCGAAGAUAAUUUGGAGGAAGAAGCUGACGAGGUACUUUAUGGCGAUGACUCUGAGACCUUAAGCGAUCGUGAGAGUUUGUUGAUUUUCAAGGAUUCACUGGUAGAAUCAUAUAAACAUAUUCACUAGUACUUUAUGAAAGGCUUUGUCUCAAGCUCGGACUUACCAGGUGCACAACAACAAGACAAUCACCCAGAUCUUGAUGAAUCAGAACAUGUUUGGGAAGAGAUAAAGAUAAAUUAGAUAGUAUUCAAAGUCAAAGCUUUGGUUGAGGAUGAAGAUGCAGAAAAGAAAUCAAAUGCCAAUGUGUUCAAAUCCCAAGAUCCCCUAGCUUGUGGGAAUGAUUUUGAGAAGGAUAAGUUUAAAAAAUGAAAACAUUCAUGGAAAGAUUGGCCACACCACCACCCACCCCCAUCGCCCUAUUCCUGAAACACAAACCCUAAUUUUUCCUUCGCUAGAUGCCUUCUUGUACCAAAAACCCAUGGCUACCGCCACUGGAUCGCUAGAGCAUGGUCCGGCUUGCCAUUGCCUCAGUCGUGAAAGACUAGCGUUGGUCCGACCUUGACGGAUCCGCCCGCAUCUCCGCCUCCGCUGCACAUGAAGAUAGCGAUGAAGACAUGGAUGAUGCCGAAAUCGAUCCUGUGAGUCCCAGCAUUUCUUGCAGGACACCCGGAUGUUGUGACCCGACGGAGAGUUGGCGUCUUCGCACUGAGUUUGAGUUUUUCUGCCGUCGAAUGGCUGUGAAGCUAGAUUUGGUUGAUGAAAAUCAUAGUGAAUCCUCCUCUGAAGAUUCUGUCUUUGACGCCUAGGUAAAGCCAGAGUUUGAUCCGAUGAAGUCCAUGCACUCGGGGAUGAACGACGUCGUGUGGGCGGAUGUGGCAGGCGACGAGGACGGUGCAUCAUGGGCCAAAACAAGCGCUGCGGGCGCUAGCAGCGGCGCAAUGGCCGAUGGUAAGAGCAUCAAUCUGGGCGAGGGCGUUGCGUAUGGCACCAUCGUCCAAGCCAUUAUUAUCAGUGGCGAGAGCAAAAAGGCCAUUGGGAAUGGCAGCAACAUUGGCCAUCUCGAAGGCGAGGAGGAAUGAGAUGAGCACAGAAGGAAGUAGAAUAUGGAAAGAGUUGUCUCGAAUCUCCAGAAGAAUCUGAAGGUAUUCUCACCGGAGCAGAUUGAGUUUGCAAAGAUGUUGUUACUAGAGCGACAAAAACAUCUAAUUGAGGAUUGGCCAGAGUCAGGUGUUGAUGAUGGGUAGAAAAAGGAUUUCUUUGAGCAGGUUGCUAGGCUCAAUCCAAGUUAUCCUGGUGGUUUGAGUUCAUAUAUUCAGAAUGCAAAGAGGCUCUUAGCAGAUUCAAAAGUUGGUAAAAAUCCCUAUGAUGGCUUUACUCCUUCGGUAUUGUCAAGACAAGUUCUGACAUUCGGAGAUGAUAACUUCAUCAGGUUGGAAGAGGCUGGCAUUAAAGAAGCCAUGAAAUCAGCAUUUGUUCUUGUUGCAGGAGGCCUUGGUGAAUGUCGUGGAUACAAGGGUAUUAAAUUGGCUUUCCCUAUGGAAACCACCACUGGCCGAUGCUUUAUUCAGCACUGCAUCGAAUCUAUUCUAGCUCUGCAGAAAUCUCAUUGUAGACUAGCACAAGAUCAACGUCAAUCAGAGAUUCCUUUGAUAAUGACUUCUGAUGACGCUCAUGCUCCGACGAUAAAGCUGCUGAAAUCAAACAAUUUUUUUGGAAUGAAAUCCACACAAGUGACAUUACUUAAGCAGGAAAAACUAGCUUGCCUAGAUGAUAAUGAUGCAAGGUUAGCAUUAGAUCCCAAUGACAAAUAUAAAAUUCAGACAAAGCCUCAUGGUCAUGGCGAUGUGCAUGCACUGCUUUAUUCUAGAGGACUUCUCAAUAAAUGGAAACAAGAAGGUAUAAAGUGGGUCCUGUUCUUCCAAGAUACUAAUGGGCUACUCUUUAAGGCAAUUCCAGCUUCCUUGGGAGUUAGCGUGACAAAGGGUUACCAUGUCAAUUCUCUUGCUGUUCCUAGGAAGGUGAAGGAAGCUAUCGGAGGAAUAACAAAGCUUACUCACACGGAUGGGAGGUCAAUAGCCAUAAAUGUGGAAUAUAAUCAUAUGGAUCCAUUGCUUUGAGCAAUUGGGCAUGCUGAUGGAGAUGUGAAUUGUGAGACAGGUUUUUCUCCAUUUCCAGGAAACAUAAAUCAGCUUAUUUUGGGAUUUGAGCCAUACAUGGAGGAACUUAACAAAACUGGAGGUGCUAUUUCAGAGUUGUUAAUCCAAAUUACAAGGAUUCCACAAAAACCGCCUUCAAAUCAUCAACUCGAUUGGAGUGCAUGAU